AUGGAAUCGAAAGACGUUCACAGCAACGAACUGCUACAGGUGGUUGGCGUCGCCGAGCAGGGUCAUCUCCUUGCUCGUUUUAGCUAUGAACUUGGACGCACUGUCCUAGCGGAGGGAAAGGAGUCGUUCGAGGUGGCGAUCGCGACCUUGUAUAUCGAACUUCGGCAUGCAAAGGCAGCCCGAACCCAAGCGGAGACCCUCGCCGCGCGAGUUGAACAGCGCUUGGCAGCAGUCGAUCACCGAGAAACCAUGAACACCGCGCUUGCUGCCUCCAACCACAAGAUGUGUCCCCUUCGUCAGAACGUCUGCCGCCUGCGCGAAGAGCUGCUGGCGUCACAUCAGGAUUCCUUGACAGCUGGCCAGGACGCGCGGCGUCUGCGCGCGCGGUGGGCGGAAGCCUGUGUGUCGCUUCAAGAGCUCGUGGGCGGUCAGCAAAAUCACGCAUCGGCAAGGGCGAGCGUUCGCUUCACCACUCUCCUCAACCACCGUCUACAAGGUCGAGACUCUUGA